AAACAUUUGAGGUCCUUUUACUUCACGUGUGCGUCUGCUGCUCUGCCAUCGUGAGAGGAAACCAUGCCGAAAUCAAAGAGAGACAAGAAAGUUUCGUUAACGAAAACAGCCAAGAAGGGACUGGAAUUAAAACAGAAACUAAUCGAGGAGUUACGGAAAUGUGUGGACACCUACAGAAACUUGUUCAUAUUCUCUGUGGAAAAUAUGAGGAAUAACAAACUGAAAGACAUCAGGACAGCAUGGAAACACAGCAGGUUCUUCUUUGGCAAAAAUAAAGUCAUGGUGAUCGCCUUGGGUAAAGGAGAAACAGACGAAUACAAAGAUAAUUUGCACAAGGUCACCAAAUAUCUACGGGGAGAAGUGGGAGUACUUUUCACAAAUAAAACAAAGGAUGAAGUACAAGAGUACUUCAGUCAUUUCAAAGAGGUGGAUUAUGCGAGGGCGGGCAACCAGGCACAGAUGGAUGUAACUCUGGAUGAGGGACCCCUGGAACAGUUUACUCACUCAAUGGAGCCCCAGCUGAGGCAAUUAGGACUCCCCACCGCACUCAAGAAAGGUGUUGUGACACUGCUCAAGGACCAUGAAGUCUGUAAGGAGGGAGACACACUGACUCCUGAGCAGGCUCGUAUUCUGAAACUCUUUGGCAUCGAGAUGGCAGAAUUCAAGGUGCAGAUCAAAUGUAUGUGGAACUCAGAAACGGGCGAGUUUGGGAACAUUGCUGGAGAAGAAGAGUCCAUGGAGGAUAAUGAGGAAGAUGAUGAUGCAGAAUGAAACGUCUACAAGGCAGCUUGUAAAUGGCAAUUUUUAAGUCAUCUUUGCCAACCUUCAACAGCAGAGGGACAUAGAAACCAUUCAUCCUGACCGCCAGUGCUGACCCGGGAGUUUUAGUAAUCUCCUUUUUCUGGCCAUUUGAUCAUCCCAAAACAUGAACUUCUGUCCAUCUUGAAUUUUAGCUUUGGAUUGAAUGUUUUCAGUAAAAACAGGAGCUUUGAGUCAAGAGACUUCAUGAUGUAUUUUGUGUAAUAACAAAUAUAGUGGAAAAAGUGCUAAACAUCA